AUGAAACAUACUAGGCUCACUCUCUCUCUCUCUCUCUCUCUAUCUAUCUAUCUCUCUCUAUUUGUCUAUCUAUCUCUACAUCUCUCUCUACCUCUCUCUCUAUCUCUCUAUCUCUCUCUCUCUCUAUCUCUACCUCACUCUCUAUAUAUAUAUAUCUAUAUAUCUAUCUAUCACUCUAUAUCUCUCUCUCUCUGUAUCUUUAUCUCUCUCUCUAUCUAUCUAUCUAUCUCUCUCUACCUCUCUCUCUCUAUCUAUCUAUCUCUACCUCUCUCUCUCAACCUCUCUAUCUCUCUCUCUCUACCUCUCUAUCUCUCUCUAUCUAUCUGUCUAUCUCUACUUCUCUCUCUAUCUCUCUAUCUCUCUUUCUCUCUCUCUAUCUCUCUAUCUAUCUAUCUCUCUACCUCUCUCUACCUCUCUCACUCUCUCUCUAUCUAUCCAUCUAUCUCUACCUCUCCCUAUCUCUCUCCAUCCAUCCAUCUACCCUCUCAUCUAUCUCUCCUAUCUUUAUCCAUCCAUCACCCUAUCCUAUCCAUCCCUACCUCUCUCUCUCUCUACCCCCAUCUCUCUCUCCAUCCAUCCGUCCAUCCCCACUUCUCUCCAUCCAUCUAUCCAUCUUUCUCUCUCUAUCUCCCCAUCCAUCCAUCUCUCCACCUCCCUCCCCCCACCCCCCCCAUCCAUCCAUCCAUCCAUCCAUCUAUCCAUCUAUCCCCACCUCUCUCUAUCUCUCUCUAUAUAUCUAUCUAUCACUCUCUCUCUCUCUCUAUCUCUCUAUCUUUAUCUAUCUAUCACUCUAUCUAUCUAUCUCUCUACCUCUCUCUCUCUAUCUAUCUAUCUAUCUCUACCUCUCUCUUUAUCUAUCUCUUCCUCUCUAUCUCUCUCUCUAUCUAUCUCUCUAGCUACCUCUCUAUCUAUCUAUCUCUACCUCUCUCUCUCUCUACCUCUCUCUAUCUCUAUCUCUAUCUAUCUAUCUGUCUAUCUCUACCUCUCUCUCUCUCUCUCUCUCUAUGUAUCUAUCUCUCUCUACCUCUCUAUCUCUAUCUAUCUAUCUAUCUAUCUAUCUAUCUAUCUAUCUAUCUAUCUAUCUAUCUAUCUAUCUCUACCUCUCUCUCUAUAUCUCUCUCUAUAUAUCUAUCUAUCACUCUCUAUCUCUAUCUAUCUAUCUAUCUAUCUCAAUAA